CCCAAGAUUUUUAAUAGGGGUUUGUCGUAGAGAGUUCAUUCUUUUUUUGUUUAAAAGAAGAAAAGAAACUACAUCGACUGGCCGGCGUCGAUUUCUGAAUUAGGUCUUAGUUUUUUGUCGAACGGAGGAUUUUUAGAAAAUCCGGAAGGCUUUUUCGGGUUUUGGAGGUUGUUGGUUGCCUGGAAAAUCAAUAAAGGCUUAAUUAAAAAAUCGACGCCGGUCAGUCGAUGUAGUUAUGUGUCUAGUUUAAAAUAAAACAAACCCGAACUCUCCAGCUUGAAGUAUAUUAAAUAUUAACGCGAUAUUAAAAAAUCUUGGGACGCCGUUCAGGGUCCUUUUUGGACCUUGAUCUCUGGAAAACCCCUAAACCGUAAGACUUGGAGACAAAAAAAUUUUUUCAUUCCUGUAACUCAUUGUGCCGAACGUUUAUGGAAAGUUUCGUCAAGAUCGGAUGCACGGUGUCGGAGAUAAUUUCUGAGGGGGGGGCCCUUAAACAGACUUUUCACGCAAAAUGGAAUCAAAUAGCUUUUUUGGUCCAAUAUCUGUAGUUCUAUUUCAAACUGUGAAUACAUUUAAAUUUCUUCAGAGACCAAAAUUUAACGUUAACAUUGCUUAUUUGCUACGUCUCUAAUCAUUACAUUCAUCUCUUUUACAAACAAUGUAUUUGCACUUUGAACUGCAAAUACAUUUACAUAGAUUUUAUAAAAAGAAAUGUAUUAUAAAGCAUUUCUUUACAAAAAAUAAAAUUUGUUAAAAAAUUAUUUUAAAAGUUUGGUUUCAAUAGAUUUUUCUCACAAACUUUUUCAAAUAACUGCUUUUCUCUCUUACUUUUCCAUCUCUUCACUGGGUCAGAGAAACACAAUACUACUAUCAUUUGCAUAUAUUUCACCUUUCACUUCGUCAUUAUGCUUCAAGUUUUUAUAAUAGCAUCUUCUCCACAUAUCAGUAUUAGUUACCCGAAUCCGUUAGACAGUAAUCAUUCUGUUCUACUAACUGAGAUUUCUCUGGAAGCUGAAUUCAUGUUCCAACAGUAUUCUGUCUUAUUUUGACCACUUUUUUGUCUCUAAUUCAAUGAUAUAAAUGUCAUUAGUAAGAAAAAGCUGAAUUUGUACGGAUAUUGGAAGUGUCGCGCGCUCUGUUUCUUCACCUCAUAAUAGUGCAACUUUUCUUUUCUAAGUUCAUUGUUACUUUUUCUUUUCUACGUUCAUAGGGUGAGAAUUUACUUUGAGAGCGAGUCUAAAGGCAGUGGACAACAGGUUUCCGGAAGAAACAAAAAGGAUUUUUAAUAUGGUUUUCACAUGUCUUUAAAAUGUUGUAGAAAUUUAAACAUAUUUUUAAAAACAUUCAUUUAAGUAGAUUUAUAAAAAAAUGCAUUUAAGACAAUUUUAUACUUUAACCCUUAAUAGCCGAAGGGCCUUUUUCUUACAACAAGAGGAAGCUAGUCACAAAAAUAAAGAUUGUGAGGUCUUUGUUUCGAUUUUUUCACGUGAGGCGGAAUAUCCCAGCUCAGGAACAUUUUCUUUGUGAUCGCAUAAUUUGCCAGUAAACCGGUUAAAAACUUACGGAAUGGUUUCAUCAGAUACCUUGAUGCUAUGUUUAACAAUAUUCCGUAAAAUAAACAAGGCUGCACGUCGCAUUUAUGAUUAAACAAAUAUUUAAGAUAAAAAAAUGACAUUAAAAAAAUCAUCAGUCGUAAAAGAUCUAUUAUUACAGCUAACAGUCACUUGAAAAAUAUAUUUUGAUCUCAGUAUGGCCUCCAAGAUCCUCUUAGUGCAGAAAAAUAUUGGUUUCUUUAUAUAAAGUCUUAUUAAGGUUUUUAUUGCAGUUAUCCAAAUGUCGCUUGGAAGGGACAUUCGGCUUUUAAGGAUUAAAUAUGUGUAAACACAUUUAUUUGGAAAAAUUUAUUCAAAUGUAUUUGUUUAAAACCGAGUUCAGGCUUCUUUGACGUUGUGAAGAUAUACAAGCAAAUUUUUAAAAAAUGUAUUUAAACACAUUUCGCAUUUUAGUUGCAUUUAGAGCGAUUUUAUUUUCAAAGCACAUUUGAAUAUAUUUUAAAAUUAAGAUGUUUAUUUAAAUUUUCCAGUACAAAAUACAUUUAAAUGCCUUUCAUAUUCGAAAUCUCUUCAAAUGCAUGUUUAAAAUAAAGCAGUUCAGAGGUUUUUGAUGCUAAAAGUGGUUGAAAUGUAUUUAAUAAUAAAUAACGUGAAUCACGUGGGUUCACUUCGUCCGUUGACUGUAAGUCGAUUUAGUAGCAUAACUAAGGGCAACCGGGAUUUUACUCCGGUCAGUCUUACUAUAACCGAAUGCACCAACAAAUUAAAGCAUCCAGUAUCAUCAGAUUUUCGAUACACUGCUGCACACACACGCCUCUACCAAAUUAAGAUUUAGUGCUCCGAAAACUCCGGUUAGCAACACACACACACAGGGUACUUCGGGUAAAAAUACAUUCAAACGGAUUAAUAAUAACUAUGCAUUCUAAUAUUAUUUUAGUGUAAAAAUGUAUUUAAAGAGAUUUAGAAUAUGAAAUGGUCGUCAGAGCUGUUGUGAGACUUGCUUGCUGCUGCUUGCUGAUAAUAUUCUUCAGAAAGUAAUGUGAACAAGAAAGAUAAUUAAUUUAAUCUACAGAAAAGAUCUGAUAUUGACGAUUCCUUUCCAGUCAAGGGAUAAGUGAAUCAGAAUGAUGAACAUUACUUGUUUAUAAAUACUUUAGUAAACAAAGUCAAAAAAAAAAUGACACAUUUCUUUAAAAAUUAUGUAUUAAAAAAACUAUGGUAUUCAAAAAUUUUAAAAACAGAAUCCUAAUGCACAAAAUAAACAGUUAUUUUUCAUGUUUUCGAAAAAAACACGUUUUUAAAAGGUUGUUUUCUCUGUUCUUGGAAAACUCAUGUAACUCAGCCAAAAGUUACGCUUUUGACAGAAUAUUUUUUAUUUGAAAGCCGAUGAUUCAUACUAUAAAUGUGGACCUUCGUUUCGAACAAAUGUUGUUUUCUAUUCACCAUCUUCAACCGCCAACAUUAAAUAUAACAAAUUUCUGGCUUUUUUCAAAAAUUUUCUUUAUCAACAUUUUGAAAACUGAAGUGCUCCCUUGCAUACCGUUGAAAAGAGCGCACUUGUACUAGAAAUGAUUCUUGAAAGCUUUUGAGUAAGUGUUUAACUGGUGGAAAUAAAUUUAGCUUAAUUAGCUUGCAUAUUUGUGCUAGAAAGUUGCUGCUGUUUGUUUGAUAUAGAAACAAAUAGUAAGCAAGCUAAUGCUGUUGAAGUGGCGAUUGAGUUAUUAAUUAAUAUACACAAGAGGUGAAAGAAAAAUUUUUAUCAUAACUAAUGGUCAUACUAAUUCUGAUCCAUUAUUAUAUAUGGUACAACAACGCGCUGAAAAUUUAGGUAUUGAUAUCGUUCCUUUAGGUAUUGGUUUAGAACGUGCAAAUGUUCAAACAACGUUUAAACGAUAUACUCAAUAUGGAGCUCCAUUUAAUUUACUAAAAGCUUUUCAAAGUUUAUAUGAACAAGAUAGAUCAUUUACUGAAGCGACAAUCAAUUGGAUUAAAAAAGUCAAAUUACUGAUGAUGAUCGUAUGGAAGUAA